AUGACGGUUGGUUACACCAUGAAUGACUUGAUCUUUGAGUGGCUGUCUGACAACCCUGUUCAAGUGGCCGAUGACCUGACCCUCCCACAGUUUGUGUUGAAAGAAGAAAAAGAUUUGGGUUACUGCACAAAGUACUACAAUACAGGUAAGUUCACCUGCAUUGAGGUGAAGUUCCACCUGGAGCGUCAGAUGGGUUACUACCUAAUCCAGAUGUACAUCCCUUCGCUCCUCAUUGUCAUCCUCUCCUGGGUGUCAUUCUGGAUAAACAUGGAUGCUGCACCAGCCAGAGUUGGUCUGGGUAUCACGACUGUGCUCACAAUGACCACACAGAGCUCUGGCUCCAGAGCUUCACUGCCCAAAGUGUCCUACGUUAAGGCUAUUGACAUCUGGAUGGCAGUGUGUCUCCUGUUUGUGUUCGCUGCCCUGCUGGAGUACGCAGCCGUCAACUUUGUCUCGAGACAACACAAGGAGUUCAUCAGGCUGAGGAAAAAGCAGCGGCAGCAGAGAAUC